ACCAAGUCAGUGGAGAGACAAGUCUUCAGUCAUUGUCACGAGAUUUCAAAUCACUUUCAACUGACUCUUUGUGGAAGGGCAGCGUUUAUUCCAGCCACGCUCCGUAAAUGGUUGUGAACUUGCGUCUAUAGGACAGAAAAACUGGAUGCUAAUAACGCUUUAUGAAUUUUACAUUCCCCGUUUUUCAAAUGCUCCGUUCUUCACACAGACCCCGAGGAACCAUCUUUAUGGUCAGCUCUUUUGAUUUUCUUCUGUGAACAGUUUGUUCUAUUUUCAGUGGAGAUUUUCCGAGCACAUAAUGAAAAGAAGAAUUCAUGUUGCAACAAAACGUCACGACAGAAAUGAAAUGUAUUGCAAAAAUAGCAAUACAAUUACAGGACAAGCAAGAGAUUUAAAGAGAAUUGCUUUAAUCAUCCACAGUCAUCUGCACAUCUCAAGAAAAAAAACAGCCAAAGAGUCAGAAAGUGUUCACUGGAAUAAUCCAUUCCCUUUUCCAAUCAGUCAAUUGAAAGUGAUUUGAAAUCUCAUGACAAUGGUGCUGUUAUCCGCAGCUGGGUUAACUCGCGCUGUGGAGCUUUGCUUUACAUACUGAGCAAAAUUACAAAACACUCACUUAAAAAGUUUUUUGUUUCUUGUUUUGUCAGACUUUGAUAGUGUGUCUCAAGGGGUUGCCUGACAAAUGGGGAAAUGUUGAUCUCCGGCUCUUUAUAAUCACGUGUUAAUAGUUCACUGGCAACAGAAAAAAAAGCCUUGGAGCAGGACGCACACGUGGGUGACGUUCAGACCAACCAUCGCCAGCGACCCUUUUGUUUAGCCUCCAACAUAAGUACCUUCUGACUCUCUCCCUGCCGCAGUGUAUACUGAACCCAGCAACCAACAAAGCUAGGCAGAGCCAAGGAGAAUACACGAAAUGUCUCGAUCGUUUUACGUUGAUUCCCUUAUCAUCAAAGAUUCUGCAGUGCGACCUGCUCCUGUCUUGAACGAUCACGGCCAAGACUUUCUGAUUCCUAUAAGCGUCCAUUCUCCAACCAUGAUGUCGGUUUCUGGUCCCGUCUGUCCGUCCAGAAAGACGGGCACUUUCUGUGUCUGCCCCCUCUGUGUCACGUCCCAUAUCCACUCAUCCCGGAGUGGAAUCCCGCUGCUGAAAAGCCAGUUCCCAAAUGGAGACCCCCAGUACUGUCAACGAAUCAACCAGCAGUCAAACCCUGGGCUCGGGCAUCCACCUGUAUGCACACCCACUUACAGCGUAACAGACCCUAGGAGAUACCACUGUCUAACUGUGGGUACUGAAAAUAACAGUCACCUACAGAACGGCAAACGGAUGAGAACGGCUUUCACUAGUACGCAACUCUUGGAGCUCGAGAGAGAAUUCGCCUCCAACAUGUACCUAUCGAGGCUUCGCAGGAUUGAAAUUGCAACCUAUCUGAAUUUAUCUGAGAAGCAGGUUAAGAUCUGGUUCCAGAAUCGGCGCGUUAAACACAAAAAGGAAGGCAAGGGCACCCCGCGUAAUGCGCACAACGCCUGCAAAUGUAGUAGCCAAGGGCACUGUCUGCGCUCAGAGGACGAGGAAUCCCUUUCACCUAUAUCAUCAGGGAAAGAAGACAAAGAUAUGUCACCUGCAUAGUGGACAGACGUGCAAAGUUUAAAAGUUUACAGACUUGUUCAAUUCUGUAUUCCCUCAAUGCACUUAUUGUAUUUCACUACUUAAGAUUUUAGAAUAAGGUCCCUUGCUGCAGUGUUGUUGUUGCAAUUGGUUAUGUGCCUGCUCACUGUCCUGGUGUGAUUGGAUUCACUGUAGAAUUAUACCGAGAUGGAGCAUGCAGCAAUUUCAUUCACAUCCCGGGUCUCGAAGUGUUCACACAGUAUGAUUAAAAUAGAUAAACAUAGACUUCCCUUUAUGGCCAACAUCAUUUUGUUUGAAUCGUUGAUGAGUUAUUUUGCUCCGAAAGCAAUUGUAUAGCAAUAUUGGCCUAAUUUCUUUUAUAAGAAUAAAAUUAUCGAGCAUUUUGCAUAAAUACUGUAUUUUCAAACCCUGAUUUCUGUAAAACACACAAAAAAGAGGCCUAUGUAAAUGCUCCGGCUCCUUAAGAACAACUGUAGGUUGAAUAGGAGAAACUGUAAAUAGUUAGCUGGUUGGCACAUUGCUGUAAAA